CCUAAAUGCUUGUUGAAUCAGUUAAGAAGCUUGGGCAAGCAUUCUCUAAACAGUUUUGCUGUAUUGCCACUAGAUCUCAGGUAAGAAAAAACUAAAUGUUAUAUAUUUAUACAUCAAAUCUAUAAUAAUUUAGAUUUUUUUAAUAAUAUAAGCAAAAAUGACAAAUUGUGGCAAGAUACAGGAAAUAAACCAUGGAGCAUAUUUUAUAUGUCUUCAAGAAUGGAAGUCGUCCAAACGUAUUGGUUUGCAAAAUAUUCAGAGUAAAGCGCCUACAGCGCAUAAUAUUUUUCUUUCUGUAGAUUUAUUUUUCAAAAGAAAGAGCAUUCACUUGUGUGAACUUAAUAGCAUUGGUUUAGUAGAUCUGCAUGAAUGAAAUAUUUGCCUCAUAUCUUCUGAUAUGGUUGUGUCAAGGUAUUUACUUAUUUUUAUAUCUGUUUUAUUUUGUUGCUUAGUAACAGUUAAGCACUUAAGAACAGAAGUAAUUGUACAAAUUCUGAUCAAAACAAAACCUGGAAUUUGCGCUAUAUGUCUGUUCAACCUUAAUUCACCUCUUUCAUAUUAAGUGCACCCAACACUUAUUAUAUAUAACUUUGUUCAGGAGAAACACAGCUCUUAUUUCACAUCAAAUAUUAUGUGAUUGUGUAUAUUAAACAUAUUGUAAUAUGAAUAAAAUCUAGAAGUAUGAGAAAUUGUGUUCUUUUCUUAAUUCUGUGAAUGUCAUAAAACACACAUGCUUGAGUUCAGCGAUGUCUCACAAGUGAAACAGUACACCCCAUGCACAGGUUCCAUAGGGUUUUGGAAAGUUACAGUGGUCAAAUACAGGGUUUUCCCCUUUUUAGUUUAAACACAUUGAAAUUUGCCAGAUUCGUUUGCUGGGCCAAUGUUGCCUUUUAGACUGUAUGGCACCCCAGGUAUGAUAAUUAACCCCAUCAUAGCAUACCAUUUGCAAAGUAGACAACCCAGGGUAUUCAAAAUGGGGUAUUUCCAGUCUUUUUUAGUAGCCUCUUAGACACAAACCCAGGCAAAAGUUACCUUUUAUAUUUCUUUUUUUUUGCAUUUUUUUACAAAAAAAACCUGCCAUUUAACUGAUAAUAUUGUUGGUAAUAAACAUUUUAGUGCUCUGAAACACUUAUAUUUGUGUUUAGUGAUGUCUGAAGAGUACAACAAUACCUCCAUGUCCAGGUUUUAUAGUGUUUUGGAAAAUUACAGGGUCAAAUAUAAGACUUGCCCAUUGCAGGGGGUUUUUUUGUGCUAUUUUUCAGGUUGGCAUAGCAUGCCCACCAUGCUUAAAGGGUUAAUGAGUAAGAGAUGUUUUCUCCCUCUUUUUAAAUCAUUCUUGCUUGUUUCUUAAAUUUUUUUAUACAACACAAAAUUAUGGAGUGGAUUAGAUUUGAUACUGUUUUGAUUCUAAUGUAUAUUACAUGCCGCUGUUUUGAUCAACAUUUUGUGCUGCACAACUCAUCCACUCAAUUAAUAUUUCUGAAUGUAUAAAUUGUUUGGCUCUCUUAGUAAAUUCAAAGUUAAUUUAAAGUUGAAGGGCAAAAUAACAGCAAUGGAAAAAUUCUCUUUGCAAGCUAUGUUUUUAAAUCUGCUAGUUUGGUCUAAGAAUUGAAGUUUGAAGUCAGUUAUUCACUAAAGUGAGAAUUGAAAAUGAAUUUCAAAUUUAAGGGCAAAAUUUAUUCUUGGUUCUUUCAUAUUCAGAUUUGAAUUGCAAUUCAUUUGAAUUUUGGGUGUUCAGCGGUACAUCUAAAAUCUCGAACUCCAAAUGGCCAAAUUAUUAUUGGUAUUUACACUGCGCCAGCUUAUUCCGCAGCGCUUUACAUUAAAAGGGGAAUUUAACAAAUGAGAUAAUAGGGAAAUAUUACAGGAACAAUAGGUAGUUGAGGACCCUGGUCAAACGACCUUACAGUCAGAGGAGGUGGGGCAUAGAACACAAUAGGAAGGGUAUUGAGAGAGACAGCAAAUAGACAUGGUGGGAAAAUAGAACUGGAGGUGAGAGUGGAGUGUGGCCCUUUAGGAGAGAGCAAGAGACAGGUUUGUGAGACAGAAGUUAUUCUGGAAAGAUGGGUUUUGAGGGACUUCUUCAAGGAUUGAAGACUAGGGGAGAGUCUGAUGGGGUAGGCAGGCUGUUCCAAAGUAAAGGAGCUGCCUGCGAAAAGUCCUGUUGGCGUGAAUUUGCAGUAAGGGUGCAAGUAGCAAACAGGAGAAGGUCACCGGCAGAGCGGUGAGACCAAGAGGGGGCAAAUCAGUGCAGAAAUGUAAGAGGGGCUAGAGUGUGGUUAGAGCUUUAUAGGUAAGGUUUAAUAUUUUGAAUUGACACCUAUAGGGUACAGGAAGCCAGUGUAAGGAUCGACAGAGGGUUGAGUUGUGAAAGGAGCAACAGAAGAAUCUUGAAACAAAUAACACAAACAAUGAAUGAAUCAUUGCAUUUGGUUCAUGAUUUAGAGUUAUGGCCGUGUCAUUAAAAAAUGGUGGACAGAAUGGAGAAGAGCUGAUUUUUUUUGGGGGGGUGGGAGAUGUUAAGGUUACUGUCUAGCCACUGGCAAUGCCACUAACACUAACUUUAAAUGGGAGAUAGCCUGCGUCAUUAAUCCUAGUGUGAGACUGUUGAGGUGGUUAUUUUACUGCUGUGUCUAGCCAGUGCCACACUAGCAUUAAGUGGGAGAUACAAAAAGAAAGUAUGCACACCUCUCACAUACUGUGAGGGUAUGCUGCCUGGAAAAUAGAAACAGUAACUUAUAAUGAAUAAGCUCGGCUUCGUACCGAACAUUACGAUUUUUGGACCCCGCACCCGAACACGGACAUAUCACUGUAUGUUCGGGUUGGAGUUGGGUGUUCGGCAAUUUAAUGGCGCGUUUUCAAAGGCUGCAGGCAGCCAAUCAACAAGCGUUUGACUCGUGUGCCCUUAGAAGCCAUCACAGCCAUGCCUACUAAUGGCAUGGCUGUGAUUGGCCAGUGCAACAUGUGACCCAGUCUCUAUAUAAAAGCUGGAGUCGCGUAGCGCCGCAUGCACAUGAGCUCUUGUAAGUGUAGGGAGAGGAUGCUGCUGCUUUCAGGGAAAGAUUAGGAAAGAAUUCUGCAAACUAAUACAUUAGUGGGGUGUGGUGAAUGUAAUAUAUAAGAGUCAAAGAGAAGCGUCAAAUACUGCUGUCACAUUGCAGUUUUAAAACUUUAAAUUGUUUGGGUGCUAAAAAGUACAUUAGUGGGGUGCACUUCAUAUCUGAGAGUCAAAUAGAAGCAUCAAAUACUGCGCUUACAGUGCAGUUGUAAACAUUCUAAUUGCUUUGCUGCUAUACUGCUAAAUAGUACAUUUUGGGCAUGCUCUUCAUAUCUGAGCGUCAAAUAGAAGCGUCUAAUAGUGUGCUUACUGCGCAUUUGUAAAAAUUCUAAUUGUUUUGGUGCUAAACUGCUAAAUAGUACAUUUUGGGGGUACUCUUCAUAUCUGAGAGUCAAAUAGAAGCGUCUAAUAGUGCGCUUACUGCGCAGUUGUAAAAAUUCUUAUUUUCAAGGUGCUAAUCUGCUCAAUAGUACAUUUUGGGGUGUGCACUUCAUAUCUGAGAGCGAAAUCGUAGCGUCUAAUAGUGCGCAUACAGCACACUUGUAAACAUUCUAAUUGUUUUGCUGCUAAUAUGCUAAAUAGUACAUUUUGGGGCCUGUUCUUCAUAUCUGAGAGUCAAAUAGAAGCGUGUAAUAGGGCGCUUACUGCGCAGUUGUAAAAAUUCUUAUUUUCAGGGUGCUAAUCUGCUAACUAGUACAUUUUGUAGCCUGCUCUUCAAAUCUGAGAGUCAAAUAGAAGCGUCUAAUAGUGCGCUUACUGCGCAGUUGUAAAAAUUCUUAUUUUCUGGGUGCUAAUCUGCUAAAUAGUACAUUUUGGGGUGUGCACUUCAUAUCUGAGAGCCAAAUCGAAGUGUCUAAUAGUGCGCGUACAGCGCACUUGUAAACAUUCUAAUUGUUUUGCUGCUAAUCUGCUAAAUAGUACAUUUUGAGGCCUGCUCUUCAUAUCUGAGAGUCAAAUAGAAGCGUCUAAUAGGGCGCUUACUGCGCAGUUGUAAAAAUUCUUAUUUUCAGGGUGCUAAUCUGCUUACUAGUACAUUUUGGAGCCUGCUCUUCAAAUCUGAGAGUCAAAUAGAAGCGUCUAAUAGUGCGCUUACUGCGCAGUUGUAAAAAUUCUUAUUUUCUGGGUGCUAAUCUGCUAAAUAGUACAUUUUGAGGGUGCUCUUCAUAUCUGAGAGUCAAAUAGAAGCGUCUAAUAGUGCGCUUACUGUGCAGUUGUAAAAAUUCUUAUUUUCAAGGUGCUAAUCUGCUAAAUAGUACAUUUUGGGGUGUGCACUUCAUAUCUGAGAGCCAAAUCGAAGCGUCUAAUAGUGCGCGUACAGCGCACUUGUAAACAUUCUAAUUGUUUUGCUGCUAAUCUGCUAAAUAGAACAUUUUGGGGGUGCUCUUCAUAUCUGAGAGUCAAAUCGAAUCGUCUAAUAGUGCACUUACAGCGCACUUAUAAACAUUCUAAUUGUUUUGCUGCUAACCUGCUAAAUAGUACAUUUUGGUGCCUGCUCUUCAUAUCUGAGAGUCAAAUAGAAGCGUCUAAUAGUGCGCUUACUGCGCAGUUGUAAAAAUUCUUAUGGUUUUGGUGCUAAACUGCUAAAUAGUACAUUUGCGGCAUGCAUUUCAUUUCUGAGAGUCAAAUCGAAGCGUAACUUUGAUUCGAAUUUACUACAUUGGUCACUUGUAAUAUUGUUUUACAUCUACAACACUUGGUACACAGAUCUAUGUGAUAGAAAACAGAUUGAUAUUUUCUACACUAGAAACUACCAGAUAACAAUCUGCUAUAAUUAAAUAUUCACGCUGUUACGGCGUUCUAUGCCGUCCUGCAUUAAUUGGGCUUAAAAGCUGUUGUGGCGGCAUAGAACGCCGUAACGGCUUUGAGCCCUGGAGCGCCUGGGAUACUUACCUUCCCGGCGCUCCGCUUCGGGAGGACUGCCUCACAGCCCAGGCAGCCCUCCUAUGGCAAAUAUCAGACAGUCCCCCUGCUGGUAGGAAAUGGAAAAAAAAAUUAGACAUGUGUUAAAUAAAAUAUAUAUAUUUAUAAAUAUAUAAUAUGUGUAAAUAUAUUAAAUAUAUAAUAUAUAUACAUAUUAUAUAUAUGUAACGUCAUACAUAGUGUAUUUUAUUAUUAAUAUAAGCACAUAUAUUAGUAUUAAAAUACACUUAGAAUGACGUUACAUAUAUAUAAUAUGUAUAUAUAUUAUAUAUAUAAUGGAUAUAUACACAUAUAUUAUAUAUAUGUAUAAUUACAAUAAUAAAUAAAUAAAAUAAUAAAAUAAAUAAAUAAAAUAUUGAAACAAAAUUUAAUAUAAAUGAUAUAUUCAUAUGUAAUUUCAUUCUAACUGUAUUUUGUUAUUAAUAUAUAUAUAUUGGUAACAAAAUACACUUAGAAUGAUAUUCUAUAUAUAUCUAUCUAUAUAUAAAAUACAAAUAACCGCAAAUAUAUAUAUAGAUAAAUACAUAUAAUUACAUAAAAGAUUACAUUAGUAUACACGUAGAAUUUAAAUACCUAUAAAUGCAUAUAUAUUAAAAUUCUACGUGUAUAUUUAAGUAAUCUUUUAACAUAAUUUUGUGAUUUGAUUAAUUAACAUUUGAUUGACAUGUCUGACAACACAGGGAGAAAGUGCAGAGAAUUUAAUUUGCAAGCACUAUAUUUGACCCUGUAACUCUCCAAGACUCCAAAAAACCUGUACAUAGGGGGUACUGUUUUACUCGGGAGACUUCGCUGAACUCAAAUAUUAGUGUUUCAACCUGGGAAAUUGUAUUACAACGAUGAUAUUUUAAGUAAAAGUGAAGUUUUUUUGCAUUUUUUUUACAAACAAAUGGCACUUUUAUGGACUAUAUUAUUGUUGUAAUAUGUUUUACUGUUUUAAAACACUAAUAUUUGUGUUUAGUGAAGUCUCCUGAGAAUAACAGUACCCCCCAUGUACAGGUUUUAUGGUGUUUUGGAAAGUUAGUCACAUAUAAGGCUUGAAUUUAAUUUUUCUUGACAUUGAAAUUUGCCAGAUUGGUUAUGUUGCCUUUGAGAGCGUAUGGUAGCCCAGAAAUGAGAAUUACCCCCAUGAUGGCAUACCAUUUGCAAAAGUAGACAACCCAAGGUAUUGCAAUUGGGGUAUGUCCAGUCUUUCUUAGUAUCCACUUAGUCAGAAACACUGACCAAAUAUUAGUUUUUUGCUUUUUUCACACAAAAACAAAUAUGAACGCUAACUUUGGCCAGUGUUUGUGACUACGUGGCUACUAAAAAAGACUAGACAUACCCCUCUUUCAAUACCUUGGGUUGUCUACUUUUUGAAAUGGUAUGCCAUUAUGGGGGUAAUUCUCAUUCCUGGGCUACCACACCGUCUCAAAGGUAACAUUACUAAUCUGGCAAAUUUCAAUUUGAAAAUGGAACGUUCUAUAUUUGACCCUGUGACUUUCCAAAACACCAUAAAACCUGUUAAUGGGGGGUACUGUUGUACUCGUGAGACAUCGCCGAUUACAAAUAUGUGCAUUUUUUUGCAGUAAAAUCUAACAGUAUUAUGAAAUUCACAGCUAAAAUGUCAGACAGAAAUACAAAUUUUAAAAAAAAUCUUAUUUUCUCACAUUUUUUAAAAGUUUAUUCAUAAUAAAUUAAAGCCCUGUUUCUCCUGAACAAAAUGAUAUAUAAUAAGUGUGGGAGCACUUAAUGUGACUGCGGUGAAUUUUAUGGCAAGACAGGAGGUUGAACAGAUAUAUAGCACAAAUUCCAGUUUUUGUUUACGUUUUGUUUUGAUCAGAACGUGCACUAUUGACUCCGUCCUGAAGGGGUUAAACCAGUUAUCAAUAGCUAAGAGGUACUUAAACAAUAUUGUAUCUGGGGCAAUACCCUCACAAGUCAAACUGAGAGGUCAGUUUCUAGGGAAAACUGUUGCCUGGAUACAAUUAUAAAACAAUUUCCAUAUGUCCUUUGCAGACUUUACAUGCUGGGAAAACACAGGUGCCAACUGCUGUGGCUUUCUGCAGUGUGCAUACCGGCAAGGAGGGAAGGGUUGAGGAGUGGGUGGAAGAUGAUGUGGAGGAUGAUGAAGUCCUAGACCCCACAUGGAAUCAAGGUCAUGCGAGUGACGUGUGCAGUUUGGAGGAAGAGGCGCUGGUCGCACAGAGGCACACAGCACAGUAUAAGAGGGAGCAGGGUGCAAAAGCGGAGAGGCCAUCCUCUAGCGCUCGUCGGCAUGUAUUAGCUCGAGAAUUACCAGUUAUCCAAGUUAUACAUGUAGCGAUCAAAGGAUCCAUAAUAGAGUUGAGCGAACCAAUCGUACCAGAUUUAACGAUCCAUUCGUAGAUUCACAGUCAGGUGGGCAGUCUGGUGACCGGGACCCAGACACUGUCUGGGUGGCGGUCGGAUGACCGGGACCCAGUAUGCCUGAUGUUGAAGUUAAGAGUCACAGUGUGGAAUGGAUUAGCAGGGUCUGGUGCAGGGUAACCGCACGCCCCCUGGUGUUGAGUCACAUACCAGGACCCUGAUGCAGCUUCAGUAAAAAGAGUACUGGAUACCAGAAGCCAUCACCAGACUGAUCCGCAACUUGGAACAGGAUGUGACAUUCACUGUAGUGGCUGUGCACGCUUUCAGCGUUCUCACCCUGCUGCUGCUCGCCUGUCGCGCUGCAGCGUAAGUUUGGUCUUCCCGCUCACUGCCUCAUAUGCGACGUGCCCACAAGGUGGAACUCCACCUUGCACAUGCUGGAGAGACUGUUUGAGCAGCAGCAGGCGAUAGUGGAGUUUCAGCUGCAGCACGCACAGGUCAGUGGCUAUGCACCAGACUUCCCUCCAAUUGAUCAGAGUUAAAGGAUUUCAAGUGGACUCAUUACAAUUACAGUUCCUCUAAAGAGUCUUGUAUUGUUAUUUGUCGUCACUACCUUCCCGCGUCGGGAGUGGGUCAUUUGCGCGCCUGCUGCCUUCCUUGCAUGUGGUAGCCAUUUCUUAGAGUCCCUGUACGGAAUGGAACCCUGAUUCCCCGUUACCCGUGGUCACCAUGGUAAGCACAGUCAAUGGCAUUGAAAGUUGAUAUGGAUUGACAUACGAAUGCGUCGUCGCCUUCUCGUUGGGGAGCACAUUGAAAAAGUGCUCUUGCAUGACAAGCUGGGUGAUCUCCUCUGGGAACUUGGCUUGAUGGGAGUUGAGCCAGUUCUGGGUGGCCCUUGUGAUGCCACGGUGUAUACCCAGAUAUAUCAGAGCUACUGCAGAAAGUGCGGGCCAUCUGUGCACUCUUUUGGCAUUCUCACCCUGCUGCUGCUCACCUGUCUGCGCUGCAGCAUAACUUCUGCCUUCCCACUCAUCGCCUCAUGAGACUGUGCGAGCAGCAGCAUGCGAUAGUAGAGUUUCAGAUGCAACACGCACGAGUCAGUGGCUCUGCACCAGACUUCCCUCCAAUUGAUCAGAGUUAAAGGAUUUCAAGUGGACUCAUUACAAUUACAGUUCCUCUAAAGAGUCCUGUAUAGUUAUUUGUUGUCACUACCUUCCCGCGUCAGUAGUGGGUCAUUUGUGCGCCUGCUGCCUUCCUUGCAUGUGGUAGCCAUUUCUCAGGGUCCCUGUACGGAAUGGAACCCUGAUUCCCCAUUACCCAUGGUCACCAUGGUAGGCGCAGAAACUGGCAUCGAAAGUUGAUAUGGAUGACAUCCGAAUGCAAAGUCGCCGUCACGGGGAUGUGCGAUUGGCCCGAGGUUCUCUAGAAUCAACAAAGUGCCUGCGCAACUAUAAUGUCAACAGCUACUCUGCGGAACAGAGUUGUCUUUUUUUAUAUAAUGAAAAAGAGAGAGGCACUGCCCUAAAGAGAUGUUGCUAAUAUAUUUAAAACAUAGCUUUUAAUAGGAAGUCUAUAAAAAGAUAAUGAAAUAUGAAAAAAGAAAACAAAUAAAUAAAUAUUGAUUAUAGAAACCUCAGUUUCCCACAAAAAAAUAAAAUUUGUAGGAAAAAACAAAUGAAAAUAAUAACUAAAAUUAAAAUAGACAGACAGGUGAUCGUGCUUGAUAGCAAGAAAUCCAAGUUAGUGUGGGAUGUAUUGUAACUGUGUAGCCAUAAUUGGACAUUUGACAGAAAAUACCAGCUGGAUACAAAUUAAUGUUACAAAAUGUUGUACUAUGUCAAUUGUUGUAUCUCGAUCACUUGCUGAAUCUAAACCAAAGUCUGUCUAGUAUAAACGGACAUAUAUCUUGAUCGAUUUGCUAAGUCUGAAUCUUAGUCUAUCUACGAUCGAUUUGCCAAGUCUAAACCUUAGUCCAUCUUUUUUUAUAUGUCCCAAUAUUUUGGGGGCUACCCCAAUUAAAAAAAAAAAAAAAAAUAUAUAUAUAUAUAUAUAUAAAAAACAGUGUUGGCUACCUCCUCCACCGCCGCUUCCACCUACACCGCCACGGUCACCGCCUCCUCAACCUAUGGGUCACUUAGUAUAAACUAUGUACACAAUAGCAGAGGCUUGUGAAGGCCUUUUCUCCAUGCAUCAGGAGUUGAGCAUUUCUCCAUGCAUCAGGACUGCAAGAAAUGCACCGCAGACCGCAAAUGUUUCUUUUUUUAUAUGUCCCAAUAUUUUGGGGGUUACCCCAAUUAAAAUAUAUAUAUAUAUAAAAAACAGUGUUGGCUACCUCCUCCUCCUCCACCGCUGCUUCCACCUACACCGCCACGGUCACCGCCUCCUUAACCUAUGGGUCACUUAGUAUAAACUAGGUACACAUUAGCAGAGGCUUGUGAAGGCCUUUUCUCCAUGCAUCAGGAGUUGAGCUCAGUUUGAACAAUGAAAGAGAAUACCCUGCACUCCAACCCACUCUCAAAUGGAUAAUUAUGGUGAUCCUCCUGACAGCCAUGCUUUAGAUUUUGAUUUAUGUUCUUCCAAAGCUAAAAUCAAAGAUUCCAUCUAGUGCUAUUUUAUGGCUCAGCUUUAUUUUAAAUUUUUAUGUUAUUUUAAGUUAUUUCCCUAUCGACAUUUGUUUGCAGGGCACUUGUCCUACUCUUACCCACAUUUUACUUCGUUUGCAGCCCUCUAGCCCUUUCCAGGAGUAUUUUAGAGGCAUUUUUGUGCUCAAAAGUUUGGGUCCCCAUUGACUUCAAUGGGGUUCAGGUUCGGGGUCAAGUUCGAUCCCGAACCCAGACUUUUUUUCAAAGUUCGGCCGAACCCGCCGGACCCGAACAUCCAGGUGUCCGCUCAACUCUAAUAAUAAAUAACACUUUAAUCUGUAAAAAUGAUACACACUUAGAGUUGGGGAAGAGUAUUGGGUUAUCUUACAUCUGAAAGGUGCCACUUACACUAACUUUAAUUCAAUAAUUUAGAAUUGUUUUACUGACGUGUGAGAUUUUUUUUUCGAGACAUGUUUUGUUUUGUUUUUUUGCAGUGUGCUUCAGUGUCACUGCUUGUGCGUUUCAUUGAAAGCUUCUUCCCCUUAGUAAUACACAAACAUAGAAAAAUUGAGGGUGCUACAAAAAGAUUUAUUUACAAGGACAUAAAGGACAGGUAUUGAUAAAGGGAAUAACCUGAAACAUUUGUACUUUAUGUCUUGGUAAAUAAAUCUUUUUGUAGCACUUGGAGUGCACAUUUGCAUUUUUUCUAUUUUUGGGGAUUAUUUGACCCUGCUUGGAGCUGCAGAGGGAGGUGUCAGCAGCACAACAGGGAUUGCUUGUAUUUAGUUUUUCUCUGAGUAUUGCAUUAACCCUUACCUCAGCAAUGGUCCCCUUAGUAAUAUACAGUAUGUGGCAGUUUACUUCACAAGUGAAGCAUGUCUACACCAGUCUGGUCGAAUUUUUUUCUUUAACUCUUUCUAGAAAAAUAGUAUUCUAAAACGCGAUGGUGUUUGUAAUACUUUCAGACGCCUUGUAGUGGUUUUGCCCUGCCUGGCUGAGUCAUGCGGUGUAAGUCCGCCUGCUACCUCUGCAGACAGUUAAAACUGACAGGGCAACUUUUUUUCCACACUGAAGGAUGGUCACUUCUUUUUCUCAAGAAAAAGUGAGUGGCAAUCAACGACUCACUCACCCCUUCCACCCUCAGAAUAACAAAGUGUCUUCAGUUUGAAAUUUAUUUUGUAAAAUCAAAAAGUAUUCUAAAUGUUGCUUGUAAUAUUUUUAAACAUCUUUCCUUGCAGUGAUUUCCCACAUUCUAGCCAGAGGGUGGCACAGUUUUACUGACUACUUCCACAUUUGUAAAUAACUGUCUCUGUCUUGUCUUUGUUGUGGCUUGCCAUACUUACAUGCAAACUCACCAAACAGAAUGCAUGGGAAAUUCAAAGAGGAAGCACGGAAAUAAUCUAUUGUGUAAAUAUCCUGAAUUGCCAAUUAGAAACAUAUACUGUUUCUUGAAAUCAUAUAAUUCCAUAAAAUAAAAGUUGGAAAAUAUAUAUAUAUAAUCCUAGUGGAAUAUACCCUUCUUCCAUAUAUUAAUAUUUCCCAUUUUGUGCUGUUUCUUCUAGUGUUCUCGUGUUUCAGUAAAGAGAUUUUACUCCAGGUUUGUCACAUAUCUCUGAUAUCUCGAAAAAGUCACUGAUUUAGUGACUAGAAAAAAUACUGUCAGGCCUGGCCAAAUGUAAAAUCUUGUUAUUUGCUGGCAGCAGUAUUGUGUUCUCAAGUUGGUUCGUGGCAGCGCUGCCUUUCUCUGUCAUUUUAAUGGAAGUAGAGAGACUGCAUCAGAUGAAUAAGGUUUGACCUUAUGGGGAACCCAUGCCUAUUCCACUGCCAGACUCAUUUUCCCAAUCAGCUGAUGCUCUCAGCCAAUGCGCUACACCCUGUAGUGGUUAUGGUGCUUGCCAUUUUUUGUUCCUCUUAUCGCAAGGGUGGCCUGAUACACACACCAACAGACAUACUGACACAGACACACUCUGACAGACAUACAGACACAUACACUGACAGACACAUAUACUGACACACACACUGACAGGCAUACUGACACACACAGCAACAGACAGACAUACACACACACACCAACAGAUAGAUAGACAGACACAGACAGACACAUAUACUGACACACACACAGACAUGCACACACAUAUAUAUUAUUACACACACAGACAUUCUGACACACACACAUGCUAUAUUUACACUUAGCCACCACCAGGUUCUUACCUUUUUCUGGAGGGUAAUUUCCCUGGUGUUCAGUGGCAGGCUGAGGCAGUUAGGAGUUAGGCUCUGGCACUCUCGGCCUGGCCCCUUCCUCACUGUCUUCCCCUUCCCGCGUGGCUCUGAUCUCUCUGUGGGAGAAAAUGACUCGCGGCUGUUACUUUCUCCCAGUCAGCUGCCAAACAAAAAGGGGCCUGGUUCCGCUGUUUAAGUGCCACAGCACUCAACUGGGUCCCUUCUGACACACUUAAUUGGCCUCCUUAGUGUGCAGGCCGGUGCGGUGUGUCAGCAGGGACCCGGUAAAGCGAGUGGCAUUUAAACAGCGCUACCAGGCUCCUUUCUGUUUGACAGCCAGCUAAUAGGAAGUAACAGCCGCUUGACUUGAGAUAAGGAAAUGGCAAUACAAGAAAUGUAACAAGUAUCUACAUCUGCAGUGAAUUAAAUCGCACUGUCACCAUCUGGGAAUUUUAUGUUAUCUAUAGUAUAUAACAGGAUCCUUCAACCAGAUCCCACACAGAAACACGGAAUAGCACAAAGACUGACUGCUGGUUUUCAAACAGUGUCUGACCCAAGGUUUAUGUACAUGGCUGAAGGACCCUGUCAUAGGGGAAAGGUUCUCAUUUUUUACAUAUACUUUAAUUUAAAAAUAUAAAUUUCCUUUCAUAGCUUGUUGAAAUGAUUAUUAUAUUAAAAAUAGUUUUAAGUUGACAAUUGUCCUUUAAGCACAAUCUUACCUUUAAUGGGCUGUGAACCUCUCAUUUGUCGAGUAGCAUUUUGGAGCGCUGCCAUUUGUUGCUCGAUGAUCUUGUGUUUUUGGCAAUCCAAGAUAAACUAUAGCAGCAAAUCUGGAAAUAUAUCAUAUAAUAAGCAGUAACUGCUACUGGGGGCAAUAUUUAGUAGUGAUUACUUGCUUACUUUUAGUGUAAAUCAGAUGCUGUAAGGCAGGGCCGGACUGGGACAAAAAUUCAGCCCGGGCCAUUAAAGGCAGAGCAGCCCACUAGAAGGGGCGGGGCCAUAAAGGGGAUAUGUAAUGUCACCACCAUUGACAUGCACCCACCUCCCCCACCACCACCAAAUGACUAUUUGUGCUGUUUGUGGCGUACUACCUGUGGCUAGGGGCUGUAGUGUGUGUGCGUUUUUUUACUCCAAGGGGCCCGCCCGCCCUGCGGACCACUGUUACCGGGUAUCCGCCGCCAUCAUCUUCUGCGGCCCCAGCCCCCGCGCGGCAAAACGCUCGGGCCGCCGUCCAAGGGGUCCAUCGGGUGGCCCAUGCUGUCAGGAUGUGGAUUGUCAGGGGGCCCGGUAAACGCUGGGCACUUUAACAGCUUGACUGGGCCCCCUGUGAUGACAUCACACAGAGCUGGGAGGAAGUGACCGUACGUCACUCCUCCAAGCUAACACAGACCGCGUGGGAGGAAGGAGGAUGGAGUCAGAGUGGGAACUCUGACUCCCAUCCACCUGAGCCACCACUGGACCCCUGGGAAAGUCACCUUUCUGCACCUUAAAGUAAUAGGUAGGAAACAGGAGGGUAACUGAAACAUUUUGUCUGUAUGUGUGUCUGUCUGUGUGUGUGUGUCUGCCUAUUUGUGUAUGUGUGUGUGUGUGCAUAUCUGUGUAUGUAUGUUUGUGUGUCUGCCUGUAUGUGUGUGUGCUUGUCUGUUUGUAUGUAUGCAUGUGUGUCUUGUGUGUGUGUGUGUCUGUCUGUAUGUUUGUAUGUGUGUGUGUCUGUCUGUGUGUAUGUGUCUGCCUGUGUGUAUGUGUGCCUGUCUGUUUUUUUAUGUAUGUGUCGUUGUAUGUAUGUCUUGUGUGUGUCUGCCUGUAUGUGUGUGUGCUUGUCUGUUUGUAUGUAUGUGCAUCUUGUGUGUGUGUGUGUGUCUGUCUGUAUGUUUGUAUGUGUGUGUGUCUGCCUGUGAUUAUGCGUGCCUGUCUGUUUUUUUAUGUAUGUGUCUUUAUAUGUAUGUGUGUCUUGUGUGUGUGUGUCUGUCUGUAUGUGUGCCUGUCUGUGUGUGUGUGUGUGUCUGUAUGUAUGUGUGCCUGUCUGUCUUUAUGUAUGUGUUUGUGUGCCUGUCUGUGUGUCGGUCUGUAUGUAUGUCUGUGUGUGUCGGACUGUAUGUAUAUAUAUGUGUAUGUGUGUGUGUCUUAUGUAUGUGUGUGUGUCUUAUGUAUGUGUGUGUGUCUGUCGGGGGGGAAUAGGGAGGGAGGGGGGCCCACAGAUCAUUUUCACACCGGGGCCCCAUGGUUUGUGUGUACGCCACUGUGUGUGUGUGUGUGUGUAUGUGUGUGUGUAUGUGUUUAUAGGGCCUGUGGAGUGUGUGGGCCUAGGGGAUGUAGUCCAGUGCAUGUAAGGACUAUACUGUGUGUUUGUGAGUGUAUCUAGGGGCUCUAGUGUGUGUAUGCAUAUAGGGGCUACAGAGCACAUGUGUAUAGGUGCGGUAAUGUAUGCCCAGGGGGUGUAGAAUGUGUAUUUAUAGGGGAUAUAAAUUAGUGUGUGUGCACACAGGGGGUGUAAUGUGUGUGCUUAUAGGGGUAUAAAGUAUGUGAGUGCAGGGAGUGUAGUGUAUGUUUAGGAGGUAUAAAAUGUGUUUACUGUGUGUAUGUGAGUGCCAGGGGUAUAGUGUGUAUAUAAGGGGUAUAAGAGUGGGUGUAGUGUGUUUGUGUAAGUGCAGGGGGUGUAAUAUGCAUACAGGGAUAUAGAGUGUGUGUAAUAUUUAUAGAGGGGUGUAGCGUCUGUGCAGUGUUUUUGUGUGUAAGUGCAGAAGGUGUAGUCUGUAUAUAGGGGUAUAGAGUGUGUGUGUAGUGUGUUUGUAUGUUAGUGCAGGGGAGCAGUAUAUUUGUGUGUUAGUGCAGGGGAGCAGUAUGUUUGUGUUUUAGUGCAGGGGGUGCAGUGUGUGUAGUGUGUUUGUGUGUUAGUGCAGGGGGUGUGGUGUGUUUGUGUGUAAGUACAGGCGGUGCAGUGUGUGUAAUGUGUUUGUGUGUUAGUGCAGGGGGUGCAGUAUGUGUGUGUAUUAGUACAGGGGGUGCUGAAUGUGUAGUGUUUUUUUUUUGUUUUAGUGCAGGGGAGCAGUAUGUUUGUGUGUUAGUGCAGGGGGUGCAGUGUGUGUAGAGUGUUUGUGUGCUAUCACAGGGGGUGAUGUGUGUGUAGUGUGUUAGUGCAGGGUAGAAGUAUGUUUGUGUGUUAGUGCAGGGGUGCAGUGUGUGUAUUGUGUUAGUGCAGUGUGUGUGGUGUGUUUGUGUAUUAGUGCAGGGGAGCAGUAUGUUUGUGUGUUUGUGCAGGGGGUGCAGUGUGUAGUGUGUUAGUGCAGGGGGUGCAGUGUGUUUGUGUGUUAGUACUGGGGUGCUGUUUGUGUAGUGUGUUUGUAUGUUAGUGCAGGGUAGCCGUAUGUUUGUGUGUUAGUGCAGGGGAGCAGUAUGUUUUUGUGCUAGUGCAGUGUGUGUAGUCUGUAUGUGAGGGUGUGUGCAUAUAGGGGUUGGAUAGGGGCUUAAAUUAAUACUUUAAAGGGACACUAUAGUAACGUAAACAACUUUAGCUUAAUGCAGCAGUUUUAGUGUAUAGAUCAUGUGUCUUAGGUUUCACUGCUCAAUGCACCGCCAUUUAGGAGUUAAAUCACUUUGUUUCUGUUUAUGCAGCCAUUGCCACACCUCCCUGGCUCUGAUUGCCACAUCCUGCAUGAAAUAAAAUGGUUUCACUUUCAAUCAGAUAUAAUUUACCUUAAACAAUUGUAUCUCUCACUCUGUAAAUUGAACUUUAAUCACAUACAAGAGGCUCUUGCAGGGUCUAGCAAGCUAUUGACAUAGCAGGGGAUAUGGAAAUCUAAAUUAAACAGAACUUACAAUAAAGGAAGGAUAAACAUUAGAUGACUCUUUACAGGAAGUGUUUAGGUAGGCUGUGGAAGUCAUAUGCAGGGAGGUGUGACUAGGGUUCAUAAACAAAGUGAUUUAACUCCUAAAUGGCAGAGAAUUGAGCAGUGAGACUGCAUGGGCAUGAUCUAUACACCAAAACAUUAAGCUAAAGUUUUUUUGGUGACUAUAGUGUCCCUUUUUAAUAAUAAAAAUAAAAAAUCCCAUUUACUCCCUUUUAUAACUUUGCAGGGGGGAGAGGGAGCAUGCAGAGACCUGGUGGUCCAGUGAGAGGGGGCCAUGCCGCACACAGAUCCCUGGUGGUCCAGCUGGCUGGUAAUUUAGUCUGUAACCCGCAGACCACGUCUCUUUCCCUCUCAUGAGCACUGUUUUGUCAGAGCGUUGCCGCGGGUUAUCAUGGCAAUGCUCUGAUCAUCUCAGAGUUCGCUCGGCAUGCACGGAGGGUGACCGGUUCACUGCCCAAUCUCCCCUCCAGGCCAUGAUGGGACAGAACUCCAUCUUGGGGCCGGUGCUGCGUAGAAUGGGCCGGCAGGGGAGAUCUCUUGAUCUUUCCUGUUGGCCUCGGCACAUGGCCAUCGCGGCCAACCGGGCAUUUGCCCAGUUUGCCCAAUGGCCAGUCCGGGCCUGCUGUAAGGCCUACAGGUGGCAGACCAUAUCAGUAUAUCCUUGGCUAGGUAGUGCUGUGUACCAAAACUACAGAAAUAGUAAUUGUUAUACUUGUAGUUUCUUUUCUAGUCUUGCAAGCUGAGGCCAUGCUCACUCCAGACAAUGUCUUUUGUAGAAAACUAGGCCACAAUGUGUCAACUGGUCCCUAGUGCGAUAUCUAACCUUAGCCUUCCCUAAUUCAGUAAACGAUUCAAUCAUGUUGCUUACAUAACUUUCUGUGGUGCUGCUGAGCUUAUCCCAAGCACUCUGUAUGGGCACAGGAGGAUUAUAAAGUUAUAGCUCAACUUACAGCUUUCUGCUUUAUAAAUCUCAUUCAUAACAUAAUGCACAGCUGUCUUUCUAGAGCCAAUAUAGUAUGCAGGAGGCAGAAAGUGUAGACUCAUGUAGCAUCAUACCUCCCAACUUAGCACCAGCUUGAAUUGGGAUGGGGCGGGCCUUAAAAGGAAGCAUCCCCAGUGACACAAAUCACAUCACUGAUGAUGCCUCUAAAUGGGCAGGCCCAUCUGGAAAGUAUGGGCGUCCACCCACUAAGGGGCACAUGAGAGUGUGAAUAGGACCCGCUAGAAUAGCUUGCCUACCGCCAUCAGACUCUCCCUUAGUCUUCAAUCGAUUAAUAAGUGCCUUAAAACCCAUCUCUUUAGGAAAGCUUAUGGCCUACCAGAUUAUCCUCUUCGUUACAUACCUGUCUCUUGCUCUCUCCUAAAGGGCAGCACUCUACUCUCUCCUUCAGCUCUGCUUCACUCCCACCUUAUUUGAUUGCUAUUUCCUGUCCUAAUGUGUUUUAUACCCCACCUCCCAUAGACUGUAAGUUCGUUUGAGCAGGAUCCUUUUCAACCUAUCGUUCCUGUAAGUUUUCUUGUAAUUUUCCUAUUUAUAGUUAAAUCCCCCCUCUCAUAAUAUUGUAAAGCGCUACGGAAUCUUUUGGCGCUAUAUAAAUAGCAAAAAUAAUAAUAAUAAUAGAACAAGAUGGCCAAGUCUGAGAGGUACAGGUCAGGUAAGUAAAUCUCACAUUUAGCAGUCCCCCAGCCACCAGCCCCCUAGAGCACAAUUAUCACUGUCUUUGCAAAUCAAGCAAAGUCCCCAAAUGGUGACAGUGCCGCUUUAAGCCCCACCCAUUGUUGAGACUUGUCAAGCGUAGAGAAAAUACAUAAGACAAAGUGGAACCUACUUUUUGUUUUAAAUAGAAAUAGAUAAUAAAUGAAUAAAGAAUUACAUAUUCUGAAAGAGGAAGAGGAAACAAUAGGGGAAAGGUAAGUUGGAUGGGACAAAGCCACUUUAACUACAGUAGCAUUUUUAAAUAACACUUUGUGGUUCUAGCAGAAUUUAAUAUACAUUUUCAACAUGUGUAACUUCUUGGUUAUUUUUUUAGGUAUAACUAAAAAUGAAUCUAAAUACAAUCACUAUUUUAUGGUUAUUUAACAAUAACCCAUCCCAGGUUUUUUCUAAAUGUUAGACUAUUUUUAUAGACAAAAUAACUUGUCAAUGUCAUAGUUAAACACUAAUGCAGGACUAUUUCUUAUAUCUAUUCGGCAUAUUAGAUCUAUUUAAGAUCUCUUACUGUGAGCCUGUUUGCAAUGCUUAUGACAACUGUUCUGUCUUGAAUGCCUGUAAUAUAUUUUCACAAUUUCAUUAUGACACUUUUCUUAUUGAUAAUCACUGACUGAUAAGCUUUCUCACAUUAUUGUUGUGUAAUAUUCUGAAACAUUGCGUAACACCAUUUCCUUUUUUGGGUGGUAUGCAUACAUAUAUGUAUAAUGUAAAACUCUUCAGGUGGCAAAAAGAACCAUUUCCCUUUUUUGAAGAAGAAUUGAAAUUCAACAUUUGGUAGACCAUGUUAAACCACAGUUAUUUGACAAAACAUAAGAUUUAAGUGCAUGCACACUUAAAGGGACAAACCAGUCUAAAUGCUUUUUUAUAGAGUCUGCAGCGUAGAUGUGUAUAGGGGAUAAAGCGAGUGUGUGUGGCUGCAGUGUGUGAGUGCAUGUGGGUGAGUGCAUGUGUGUGUGUUUGUGUGUGCACGUGCAAAUAGGGAAUCAAGUAUGUGUGUGUAUGACAUCCAGGUUUUAUGUGUGCAAAUGGCUGUAGCAUGUCCAUGUGUGAAUGUAUAAGUAAACCAUUGAGUUUGCAGGGGAUCCAGUGUGUGUGUGUACAGUGGCUGUAGUGUAUUUGUGUGGGUAAAGGGAAUCCAGUGUGUAUACAGUGGCUGUUGAGUGUGUGGAUUCCAGUGUGUGUGUGAUUACAGUGUACAGGGAAUCUGAUGUGUGUGUGUAGAGGAUCCAGUGUGUACAUACAGUAUCUCACAAAAGUGAGUACACCUCUCACAUUUUUGUAAAUAUUUUAUUAUAUCUUUUCAUGUGACAACACUGAAGAAAUGACACCCUGCUACAAUGUAAAGUAGUAAGUGUUUAGCCUGUAUAACAGUGUAAAUUUGCUGUCCCCUCAAAAUAACUCGACACACAGCAAUUAAUGUUUAAAUCGUUGGCAACAAAAGUGAGCACACUCCUAAGUGGAAAUGUCCAAUUUGGGCCCAAUUAGCCAUUUUCCCUCCCCGGUGUCAUGUGACUCGUUAGUGUUACAAGGUCUUAGGUGAAAAUGGGGAGCAUGUGUGUUAAAUUUGGUGAUAUCGCUCUCACACUCUCUUAUACUGGUCACUGGAAGUUCAACAUGGCACCUCAUGGCAAAGAACUCUCUGAGGAUCUAAAAAAAAGAAUUGUUGCUCUACAUAAAGAUGGCCUAGGCUAUAAUAAGAUUGUCAAGACCCUGAAAGUGAGCUGCAGCACGGUGGGCAAGACCAUACAGCAGUUUCACAGGAUAGGUUCCACUCGGAACAGGCCUCGCCAUGAUUGACCAAAGAAGUUUAGUGCAUGUGCUCAGCGUCAUAUCCAGAGGUUGUCUUUGGGAAAUAGACGUAUGAGUGCUGCCAGCAUUGCUGCAGAGGUUGAAGGGAUGGGGGUUCAGCCUGUCAGUGCUCAGACCAUACACCGCAUAUUGCAUAAAAUUGGUCUGCGUGGCUGUCGUCCCAGAAGGAAGCCUCUGCUAAAGAUGAUGCAUUACCUUAACUCAUUUUAUUGUCAGCAAGUCCACACAAGUUUUGUUCCCAUACAUCCCUCUUAAGCUUCCAUACUUAAGGGGACACUAUAAUCACCAGAACAACUAAAGCUUAUUGUAUUUGUUCUGGUGAGUAGAAUCAUUCCCUUCAGGCUUUUUUGCAGUAAAGACAAAAAUGGGUAUAUAGGUCGCGCUAAAGGGACAAAGAGGUGAAAUAAAUGGAAUAAAUAAAUAUGAUAAAAAAGUCCCAAAUAAUAGAUAAACCUGUAUUAUUCUUAGAUGAAUAUAAAGUCCAAAUGAAUAUCUGAAUCUUCUUAUGUUGAAGAUGUCUUGAUUCGCUUGUCAAAAUGUGGAUACACAAAAGAGAUAAAAAGAAAUCCAAUAGUGUAGGAUGUUGACAAAUUCUCAGGUGUAAGUCUGUGUGUAUGUAAAGAACUCACCUUAGCAUGAGCAAAAAAACUUGCUCAAGUAUCUUUAACAUUCAGUGGCGUCAAUCCCCCACUGGUCGGAUAUAGGUGAUGGAGUCCUGAGUAAUUCCUCGAUAUGUGGAAAGAUGGGAGACGUAUAUAGUGCUCACUGAAUUAUUUUAAAAACAAAUAAAAUGGUAGAAUACUCACAUGUAUAUGAGCAGGAACUACUGCUCAAUAUGGUGGUGCAGGUGGUACAAUCCCCACCUUAGGAUUCUUGGGAAGUAACGUACUUCAAUCCAAGUCGGUGACCAGGUAAUUCAAAUUAAAAAGAAUGGAAUAAAAAGUAUAUAUAGGCAAAAAUAAAAGCCGGUAUUCCUUUAUUAAAAUAUAAUAUAUCAGUAUAUAAAACAAACUAAUAAUAGCCAAAACGCGUUUCACCACACAGGGCUUUAUCAAAUGGCAUUAAAAAGACAGGUGGUGCUUCCUGUGGCAGUACUGCCUAGAGUGCAGCACUGCCAUUCAGUGUCUCUACUCUCUGCAUGCAGACACUGAACUUUCCUCGUAGAGAUGCAUUGAUUCAAUUCAUCUCUAUGAGGAGAUGAUGUUUGGCCAGGGCUAUGUUUGACUUGUGCUGGCUCUGCCCCUAAUCUGCCUCCUUGACAGUCUCAGCCAAUCCUAUGGGGAAGCAUUGUAAUUGGCUCAGAUUGGCCACCACUUCUGAUGUCAGUAGACAGAGUCAGUUCAGAGGCAGACAGGGGCAGAGCCAGCAGCUGCAGACUUGAAUACAAGUAAGAUUUUACCAUAUUUAGUGAGGCGAGAGGGUGUCAGGGGGGCUAGAUGGUGGUUUUAACAUAAUAGGGUCAGAAAUAUAUGAUUGUGUUCCUAUAGUGUUCCUUUAAGCAAGAGUAUGUGAAGAGUAGUUAGGGUUGCCACUAGACACUAUGCCUAAAUAAACAUUGGGGGGACCUAAUGUCCUCCCUCUGGCCCCCACCCCUGAGCGAUGGGUGGGGGCCCUAAAUAGCAAUUGGGUGGGACCUAAUGUCCUCCCCCCUGGCACCCACCCCGAGCGGUGGGUGGGGACACUAAAUUAGAAUAAGGGGGGACCUAAUGUCCUCCCCCUGGCCUCCACCCCUGAGCGGUGGGUGGAGGCCCUAAAUACCAAUAGGGGGGGACCUAUUAUCCUCCCCCCGGGCCCCAACCCCUGAGCGUGGGUGGGGGCCCUAAAUAAACAUUUAAUCCCCCCACCCAGGGGACUAGGGGUCCCCAAACCAAUAGACACCCACCAAAAAAAAUUAACCCCUACCUACCCUAAAAAUAAUCAGGGGGGGACCUUUAACUAAGUACCUGUAAAAAUAAAAUAAAACUUACCAUUUGAUGUUUUCUUUCUUCUAAAAUCUUCUUUUUUUAGCCCCAAAAAGGGCCAAAUAAAAAUCCAUAAUAACCAACGCACUUAAAAAAAAAAAAUCCGAGCGCAAAAAAAAUAAUACAUCUUCACCCAUGGAGGGCUCCGCACAGACUGAGCUCUGCAGGGCGAGGGAAGGCUUAUAAAGCUUUGCCCCGUCCUGCAAUUAGGCUCAGAGCACUCUGAUUGGGGGGUUUAAGCCAUCCAAUCAGAGUGCUCUGACAGGUAAAUGAAGAGACUGACAGGUAAGUCUCUACAUUUACCUGUCACAGCACUCUGAUUGGAUGACUUAAACCCAUUAAUCAGAGUGCUCUGAGCCUAAUUGCAGAUGACAGUGUCACCUGAUUCUUAAACCCAUUAAUCAGAGUGCUCUGAGCCUAAUUGCAGGCCGGGGCAAGGCUUUACACUCUGUUCCAAAUUAUUAUGCAAAAUCUAUUUAAGUGUCACAAAGAUUAAAUAUUUUGUUUUUCAGUUUAACUCAUGGAUGGCAUUGUGUCUCAGGGCUCUUUUGAUCACUGAAAACAAUCUCGGACACCUGUGACAAUUAUAUUGCCAGGUGAGCCCAAUUUAAGGAAAAACUACUAAAGGAGGGUGUUCCACAUUAUAAGCAGAGAUCCAUUUUCAUGCAAUAUGGGGAAGAAAAAGCAUCUCUCUGCUGCUGAAAAGAGUGAAAUAGUUCAAUGCCUUGGAUGAGGUAUGAAAACAUUAGGUAUUUCACGAAAACAUAAGCCUGAUCGUCGCACUAUUAAGAGAUUUGUAGCUGAUUCAGAGCAUAGACAGGUUCAUGCAGAUAAAGGCACAUUGAGGAAGAUUUCUGCCAGAUCCAUGCAUCGGAUCAAGAGAGCAGCUGCUAAAAUACCAUUACAUAGCAGCAAACAGAUAUUUGAAGCUGCUGGUGCCUCUGAAAUUCCUUGGACAUCAAGGUGUAGAGUCCUCCAGAGUCUUGCAACUGUGCAUAAACCUUCUGUUCGGCCACCACUAACCAAUGCUCACAAGCAGAAACUGCUGCAUUGGGCAGAAAAAUACAUGAAGACUAAUUUUCAAACAGUCCUGUUCACUGAUGAGUGCCGUGCAACCCUGGAUGGUCCAGAUGGAUGGAGUAGUGGAUGGUUGGUGGACAGCCACCCUGUACCAACAAGGCUGCAACGUCAGCAAGGCGGUGGUGGAGUCAUGUUUUUGGCCGGAAUCAUGGGAAGAGAGCUGGUCUGCCCCUUUAGGGUCCCCGAAGGUGUAAAGAUGACCUCUGCAAAGUAUGUGGACUUUCUGACUGACCACUUUCUUUCCUGGUACAGAAGGAAGAACUAUGCUUUCCGUAAUAAAAUCAUCUUCAUGCAUAACAAUGCACCAUCUUAUGCUGCAAAGAAUACCUCUACAUCAAUGGCUGCUAUGGGGAUAAAAGGAGAGAAAGUCGUGGUGUGGCCUCCAUCCUCCUCUGACCUCUUAUUGUCCUAUUGAGAAGCUUUGGAGCAUCCUCAAGCAAAAACUCUAUGAGGGUGGGAGGCAGUUUACAUCCAGACAGCAGUUCUGAGAGGCUAUUCUGACAUCUUGCAAACAAAUUCAAGCAGAAACUACCCAAAAACUCACAAAUUCAAUGGAUGCAAGACUUGUGAAGCUGCUAUCAAAUAAGGGGUCCUAUGUUAAAAUGUAACGUGACCUGUUAAAAUGUUUAAAAAGUUAAAAUGUUGUUAUAAGUUUGAUUGAAAUAGCUUUUGAUUUCAGUAAAUAUGUUGCAAACACAACAAAUGACAAUUUUCAGUUCUUUACAACCUAUAAAGUGUUUUGAAACCUACUGUGCAUAAUAAUUUGGAACAGUGCAUUAUACAUUUUUUAUGUUUAAAAAAAAUACUGUUAUCAUUAGGAGGUUUGUUCAAUAAAAUUUGAAUUGUACUCUUAAUAGUUGCUAACAUGAGAAUUGUGCUGACUGCUAUUUACAUAAAUUAUUUAGGUAAAUGAGAAGAAGAUAAUUUGCAUAAUAAUUUGGAACAGGGUGUACAAGCCUUCCCCAGCCCUACAGAGCUCAGUCUGCGCGGAGCCCUCCAUGGGUGAAGAUGGAUUCUUUUCUUUGCACUCGUUUUUUUUUUUUAAAGUACGUUGGUUAUUAUGGAUUUUUAUUUGGCAUUUUUGGGGCUGAAAAAAAUAAGAUUUUAGAAGAAAGAAAACAUCAAAUGGUGAGUUUUAUUUUAUUUUUACAGGUACUUAGUUAAAGGUGCCCCCUUAUUAAUUUUAGGGUGAGGGGGGUAGGUAGGGGUUAAUUUUUGGGGGGAGGGAGGUGACUAGGGAUUUAGGGCCCCCAACAGCCGCUCAGGAAUGGGGGCCAGGGGGGGAGGACAAUAGGUCCCCCCCUAAUGGUAUUUAGGGCCCCCACCCACCACUCGGGGGGGAGGGGCCAGGGGGGAGGACAUUAGGUCCUCCCUUAUUCUAAUUUAGGGCCCCCACCCACCGCUCAGGGGUGGGGGCCAGGGGGAGGACAUUAGGUUCCCCCCUAAUUGGUAUUUAGGGCCCUCAUCCACUGCUCAGGGGUGGGGGCAAGGGGGGGGACAGUAGGUCCCCCCAAUUUUUAUUUAGGGCCCCCACCCACCGCUCACGGGUUGGAGGCCAGGGGCGAGGACAAUAGGUCCCCCCCUUAUUGGUAUUCAGGGCCCCCACCCGUCCCUCAGGGAUGGGGGCCGGUGGGGAGGACAAUAGGUUUCCCCCCCCAUUAUUUAACUUUAGGGCGGGUGGGGGCCAGGGGGGAGGACAGUAGGUCCCCCUUAUUCGAAUUUAGGGCCCCCACCCACCGCUCAUGAGUGGGGGCCAGGGGGAGGACAAUAGAUCCCCCCCUUAUUUUACUUUAGGGCCCCCAUCUGCCGUUCAGGGGUGGGGGCUCAGGAUGGCGGAACCUUUUUUUAGGCUGCUCACUGUUUAAUAGACAUGCCCCUACUCGCGGUAUAGCGAGUAGGGGCAUAAUUUACUAAUACUAAGUAAUCUUUACUUAGUAUUAGUAAAUUUGGCUGAAAGACCAAUUCAGGUCUUUCAGCCUUUUAGUAGAUAGCUCCCUAAUACCGUGGGAAUUAGGGAGUUAUCUACUUAUUCAUUCCUGUCAUUACAUUGACUGGCCAAGUAACUUACAUUUUAUAUGAAUGUGUGUUACUUGAUUGUUGUAAGUGUUGCAAAUGCUUACAGCUGAAUCCUGGCUACGUUUGUAUACUUUUUAUUUAAAAUUGUAUACAGUGUAACAUUCUUCUUCUUCCACUGGGUAAGUAUAUUAGUACUUAGGCAAUAUAUUUUACUUUCUUUUGCAGCCCUCUAGCCCUUUCCAGGACUUUUUUAGAGCCAUUUUAGUGCCCAAACGUUCGGGUCCCCAUUGACUUCAAUGGGGUUCGGGGUCAAGUUUGGGUCCAGUUUGAGUCCUGAACUUGAACUUUUUGCCAAAGUUGAGCCGAACCUGGCGAACCCGAACAUCCAGGUGUCCGCUCAACUCUAGUUGCCACCUUUCUUGGAAAAAAAUACUGGCCUAAAUCAUUUGUAUAAUUAAGUAUGUAUGCAUGACAUCACAUGAUGUAAAUCACAAGGAGUGACAUGAUAGAAAAUUCUGUAAAAUCACCAACAAACUACUUAACUUUGAUUCUGCUGUAUAGAUGGAUUGCUCCCAGUGUCUCCCUGUCACCCAGUGUCAGUCUCCCAAGUCACCCAGUCUUCCUAUGUAUCACAGUGUCAGUAUCCCCAUGUCGCCCAGUGCCCUAGACUCCCAGUGUCCCCAUUUCUCCCAGUGUCCCUAUGUCACCGUGUGUCCCCAUGUCACUAGGAUAUUAGAGGACACUGAGAGACAUGGGGACACAGUGAGACAUGGGAAUACCGAGAGACCUUGGGACACUGGGAGACAUGGGGGCACUGAGACACUUGGGGAAACUGGGAGACAUGGGGGUGCUUGUGGAUACAGACAUGGGGACACUGGGUGACAUGGAGACACUAGGAAACAUGGGGACACUGAUACAUUUGGGGACACUGGGAGAAAUGGGGACACUGAGACACUAGGGACACAGAGGCAUAGGGACACAGACACUGGGAGACACUAAGACACUAGGGACACUGAGAGACAUGGGAACACAGAUACUGGGAGACUAGGGGAGACUGGGAGACAUGGGGACACUGAUACAUUUAGGGACACUGGGAGAAAUGGGGACACUGAGACACUAGAGACACAGAGACAUAUAGGGACACAGACACUGGGAGACAUGGGGACACUGGGAGACACUAGGGACACUGGGAAAUCAAUACUUCUGUUACAUUUCCGUUGUUUUUGUGAUUCCAAAUUGUGUUUUCUGUGAGGCUUUACCUGCUUCCCUGUUCAAAAUUAACAUUGUAUCAUUGUCAGAAUCCAUCCUGGCUCCAUUAGGUAAGGGGAAGACAGCAUGCAUAAGGUAUGUUUGUAGGGAACAUACAGUACCAGCCUAAAUGCAGAAGCUAGUAUAAGGAAAAUCUCCAGAUACUAUGAAGAUUUCCUGGGAGAUUUUGACACAGCCGAAAUUCAGUUAGGUAUAUACAAGGUAAAGCAGGGCAUGGACACAAAUGUGUGGCAUUAAACAUGGCAGUGCAUAUUUGCCUUUUAAAAAUGAGAAUACAAUUGUCUUUUUUGCCUUAAGGGGAAAUUUUAAAUGGUUUGCACUAGAUAUAUAGACACUAAACUUGUGCACAGAAAUUCAGUUUGUCCGAACUGAUCCAUCUGGAAAAGGUUUUUGUUUCAGGCGAUUUAGGUUUCAUCCAUGUAGCGUUUUGGUUCGGAUGAAUUUCAACCAUGCAGUUGUUUCGGGAAAAAUAUAUACAUUAUCUAAAUAUUAAAGAGAUACUCAAGUUUAUGGCAGAUAAUUGAGCAGUGAUACUGCAGGAGCAUUAGCUAUACAGAAAAACUGCUUAAUUAAGCUAAAGUUGUUUUUGUGCCUAUAGUGUGCCUUUGAGAAUAUAUUUUGCAGUACACUGGUAGGAGCAUUUUCACACUAUUUCGUAUACAUGUCGUGAGAAGAACUGACUAAUAGUUGUAAAAAAGUAGGAGCAGUAAAAAAAAAUGUAUAUUUAUUAAAUACAUAACAUAAACAUAGAUUUUGUUUUUACUGUUUCUUCUUUGUUCACUCUUUUGGUCAAUUGGUUGUUUUCACUCAAUCUGUGAAUAAAAUCAUUUAGUGUCUGUCUCCUGAGGAUCAAACCUUUUUUUCCCAUCGUCAUUUUUCUUUGUGCCACGGAUGGACAUCUGAAUCACGAAAGGAACAUAAAGUUCUGAUCGCCAAAAUACAGAUAGAUCGCGAUUUCUUUCAGUAUGAAUGCACAAGUCUAAUAAAUAGUACCUGGGCUUUAUUUGCUGGAGAAAAGAAACCCCAAAACAUAAUUGUGCAUAAUUAACAUUUUUUUCUCAAAAUAGCUGAACUGUGAAAAUUCUCCAACAUUUAUUUUUCCAGAUUUUUCCUAAUUUAGCCUAUUUAAUUUUUUUCUGCACAAGGUUUAGUUAAGUAAAUAAACCUUACUGAGCUGAUGUGCGACUGAAGAGUUACUCCAACCACCAUGACCACUUCAGUGAUCUGACGUGGUCAUUAAGGUAGGAGCAUGUGUUUCAGCUUCAAAACAUGCACAUGCAGAGUAAUUGUUAAUUAUGUACUAGUUGCUAGUUGCACCCCAGCACAUGUGACAUUGGUAGUCCAUAACGCUGUCCUGCGCUACCAAUGUCAGUUCUAUUCACAUGUUGUGUCUGUUAUCAGUGCACACAGCGUGCUGGCGACUGAUAUGCUAAUCUUUCCCUUUGCCCUCCCUCGAUGUGGGCCAUCCCUCCUGCUUCCCUUCGCUUCUUGUAUUGCUAUUUUUUUUAUUUAUUAGAUUAUUCUCCCCAUUUUUAUUCCCUUCCACCUCCCUCCCGUUGUCGUGUCAGAUUGCGCACAUGUGCUCUGAGCUGGCAAAAUGGUCCUGUAACAGAUCACCUGGCACCCCGACUGGGAACCUCCGUUGAAGGAUGCUCCUAGCGCUUCCUGAGGGCUCCAAGCACUGCAGCAGAGACCACAACCACCGAACCGGAGAAGCAUAUGAAUGCUCUCAAGCAUUUGAAUUCUAUAAGCAGCUGAACAGGAAAAGCAUACAAUCAGCUUACACUCCUGGCAAUCAGCAUACAAUCCAAUUCCCCCAAUAACGAGACGACACUUCAUUUGAGGUCAAGCAGAACUGACUGUACUGGCACAUACAGCCUCUUUUAUUCCCAUUCCACAAACUUAGUACUGCCCACAGGGUUUUACAGAACAACCAAUAACACACGUACAUUACAGAAAACACUCCCAGCAAUUAUACACAAAAUCCUCCCCUCUGCCUGUGAUAUAAUUAUGGUACACAAUGGGUUAACAUAAUUAUCACAAGCAGGAAAAAUACAGUUUUUAUACAUGUGCUAUAACUUUAAAAAUAUACGUCCAAUCUUCAUAAAAUUACAUAUUCAGAAUCUGCAUGCUUGAAAGUCCUAUUUGACCAAAUGAAGCAUGGUUUUUCUGCCCAAAACCAGUUCCAUAGAGUCUUCUAUCCUGGAGAUAAUUGGGAAGUAAUCCAAUUAUCUCCAAGGACAGAGGCAAAACUCCAUUAGCCACAUGGUAGCAAGAUACAAUAAAAUACAUAAAAUAUAUAACUGUGCAGCUAUUGCAUAAAACAGGUACAUUCAACAUAUCCCCAGAUAGCUUAGAUCUGAGCGCACAUUAUUACUGAAUGGCGCUCAGAUCACAUACAUACAGUUCAAUUGCCAUGGAGCCAAAGUCUUUCACAUAGUCUUUCGUUAUACGAAUGGGCUCCAUGGCAUAGCUAUCUGGGGUAACACUGCUCACAUAGGGAAAGUACUGAAUGACCCGGCUUUCGGGUCUUUGCAGGGGGAAAUCCAGCAUUUCAACAUGGGGCCAUAGUCACAGGGCAGGAGGCUGGCAAUCAGUCUUCUCCAAUGACCAGUGGUGAGGUUGGUUUUGCCACAGGUCCAAUCACAGGCUUCUCUAUGAUAAAUAUAAUGGAGACAUAUAGUACCAACUGUAAUUAAGAAGCUAGUAUAUUAGAAGCCUGUGAUUGGCCAACGCUAGGCCCAUAUGAUGUCAGAUGGAGCCGUGGAAGUUAAAACUGGGAGCUUCAUCAUGUGCUGGAUUCCUGGUAAGUAAAAUGUUUAUUUCUGCAGGGUUUAGGGCAAUUGAGGGGGAACCUACUGCAUAGUACCCAAUAGGCCAUUUACAAAGAAUAGGUCCCCCCAAAAAAGGAUUGGACUAACCCUUUAAUUAACUAAUGUAACGGUAAAUGUAGUUGUAUUACAUUACUGUGUAUUCAAAUUUCACUCUUAGAUCGCAAAGUCCUGGGGUAUAUCGGGGUUGCUUAACAAAUUAUGUCACAUGAAUGUCUUGGUAUUGUCAGUAUUUUAUGUUAUUUUCUCUUUUCUGUAGAAAUGCUGUCUGAAGGACAUCUUUACAAGAUCCAACUCUGGUAUGAAGAUGAUAUGUAUCAUGAGAGAAAACAGUCUGAGUCAUCAAAUGAGCUAGCAGGUGUAUGCGGUCUCAAUUACUCAUCUGUGCAAAACUCAAGAAGCAGGAAAUUCUUGCAUAAUUUUUGCUCUGGAGGAAAGCAUGCAUCUGGGGUACAGUCUGUGGAAUCCACACAAAACAAAAUGCUGAGAAAUCUGAUACACCAUGAGACUGAAAAUGUUUCAUUCGAAAGGGAAACAUCACCCUCUUUAGAUAUUUUCCAUGCUUCAUCUACCAAUAAAGAAACCUAUCUGGUUCCAUCUUCUUGUAAAAAUAUAUGCAGAGAUUAUAAUGAUUUGCAUAUAGCUGGAGACCAUGUGAUGGCUAUGAACUCAAUGCCUAGCAACUACACUUGCAACAGUAGUUUUGAAUUCUGUGAAGGGCCAUUUUUAGAGUCAUCACAAAUCCCCCCAACUCUAGAGUCCAUAAGUGUGGUGAGCGAUGUCUUGUCCAAAAAGCCUUCAAAAGGAGAUGCACCAUGUUGGAAGGGUGGUAGCAUGAAGGACAAAAGCAUCAUUCACCAUGAACAGCCACUCUCCAAUUCAAUCCUCAAUGAGUACUUGGAACGAAAAGUCAUUGAACUUUACAAACAGUACAUCAUGGACUGCAGUUCACCACCCGAGCGUAUUAUAGCAUCAGAACUGGUGAUGAACAAUGUUCAGCAGAUCAGCAUGCAACUGUCACGAGAACAAAAUAUGGAGACCAACAAGGCCAAAGAUAUGGUCCUCAAUUAUUUACUGAGAUUGGCCAGUGAGAAGCAAUCCAUCGUAAUCAGCACUCCCGAUCUGCAGAUCUCAACAGACCAUUAA